AAUUCACAGUUCGCGAAACGCAAGAUACACGCACAUGUCAAUAUAACCUCUUUAGAUUGAAUAACCAUUUUAUUUCAAAAUGCGUGUUUUAUUAGAAAAUAUUUUUGUUGAUCUACUGAUAUUGUGCAGUUUUGGUUUUCUUAACAAGGAAUCAAAAAAUAACUCCUGUUUAAAUUCUCCCAUUGAUGAGAAGAAUGCAUCUCUGAACUGUAUGUCACAAGAUGAUUCGAAGAGUGCAAAUUGCAAUGGGCCCGAAUUAGAUUGCGUCAGUAUGACCAAAAGUUUUCUUAACGAGGAAUCGAAAAAUAACUCCUGUUUAAAUUCUCCCAUUGGUGAGAAGGAUGCAUCUCUGAACUGUAUGUCACAAGAUGAUUCGAAGAGUGCAAAUUGCAAUGGGUCCGAAUUAGAUUGCGUCAGUAUGAACGAAAAAAAUAUGGAACAUCUUUCUGCAGUAGAAAGAAAUUUGAACUGUAAUAUUCCUAGAGUAAAAUUACAAACUAUAGAUCUCUGCAAAUAUGAAGCACGUAGUCAACGAAGAUGUCGAAUAAUUAAGUCUGAAAUAUUUAAAUCCAAGAAAAUAAAAAGAGCCAGGAUCAAGCACUCGCAUAUUCAGGAGGAACUAAAGACCGUAUAUAAAAAGAGUAAUCUCCUCG